CGAGCGGCGGCGGCGGCGGCGGCGGCGGCAGCAGCCCUCCCUCCGGGGGAGAGAAAGCCCAGGUAGCGGAGCCUGAGCUCUCCCGGCGCCCCGGAGCUCCCCGCAGGAAACCCCAGGCAGAAGUCCAGCCUCGCCGGGCUGCCUCUGCGGCUGGUGCUGAAGCCUCCGGGAGCGCCCGCGAGAGUCCGGAAUCCAGUGCCAACAAUAUGCCCAAACAAGUGGAAGUCCGGAUGCACGAGAGUCACCUGAGCUCAGAAGAACCCAAACGCAGAAACUUGUGCCUGAGGAUAUGGGACAAUCUCGGGAAGAACCUUCUACUUUCUCUGACAGUAUUUGGCGUCAUCCUGGGGGCCGUGUGUGGAGGUCUUCUUCGCUUGGCGUCUCCCAUCCACCCCGAUGUGGUCAUGUUAAUAGCAUUCCCAGGAGACAUCCUCAUGAGGAUGUUAAAAAUGCUCAUUCUCCCCUUAAUCAUCUCCAGCUUAAUCACAGGUCUAUCCGGCUUGGAUGCUAAAGCCAGUGGCCGACUGGGAACAAGGGCCAUGGUCUACUACAUGUCUACCACCAUUAUUGCUGCUGUCUUAGGUGUCAUUUUGGUCUUAGCCAUCCACCCAGGGAACCCUAAACUGAAAAAGCAGCUGGGACCCGGGAAGAAAAAUGAUGAAGUGUCCAGCUUAGAUGCCUUCCUUGACCUCAUCCGAAACCUGUUCCCUGAAAACCUUGUCCAAGCAUGUUUCCAACAGAUUCAAACUGUGACCAAGAAGGUGAUGGCCACCCCCAAGCCCAGUGAAGAAGCCAAUACUACCAGCUCCAUCAUCUCUCUGCUGAAUGACACAAAGAGCGAGGUCCCCGAGGAAACCCAGUUGAUUAUCAAGAAAGGCUUGGAGUUCAAGGAUGGGAUGAAUGUCUUGGGUCUGAUAGGUUUCUUCAUUGCUUUCGGCAUCGCCAUGGGGAAGAUGGGAGAACAGGCCAAGCUGAUGGUUGAAUUUUUCAACAUCCUGAAUGAAAUUGUCAUGAAGUUAGUGACCAUGAUCAUGUGGUAUUCUCCCCUCGGUAUUGCCUGCCUCAUUUGUGGAAAAAUCAUCGCCAUCAAGGACUUGGAAGUGGUCGCCAGGCAACUGGGGAUGUACAUGGUCACCGUGAUUGUGGGUCUCAUCAUCCAUGGAGGCAUCUUCCUCCCUUUGCUUUACUUCGUGGUGACCAGGAAAAACCCUUUCUCCUUUUUUGCUGGUAUUUUUCAAGCCUGGAUCACAGCCCUGGGCACAGCUUCCAGUGCCGGUACAUUGCCUGUCACUUUUCGGUGCCUGGAAGAAAAUCUGGGGAUUGAUAAGCGUGUGACCAGAUUUGUUCUCCCAGUUGGAGCAACCAUUAACAUGGAUGGGACUGCAUUAUACGAAGCUGUGGCCGCCAUCUUUAUUGCCCAGAUGAAUGGGGUGGUCCUGGAUGGUGGACAGAUCGUAACUGUGAGCCUCACCGCCACCCUAGCCAGUGUUGGAGCUGCCAGCAUCCCUAGUGCCGGAUUGGUCACCAUGCUUCUCAUCCUGACGGCCGUGGGCCUCCCAACACAGGACAUCAGUCUGCUUGUUGCUGUUGACUGGCUCUUGGAUAGGAUGAGAACUUCUGUCAAUGUUGUCGGGGAUUCCUUUGGGGCUGGCAUUGUCUACCACCUGUCUAAAGCUGAGCUGGACAGCAUCGACUCACAGCACCGAGGGCAUGAAGACAUAGAAAUGACCAAGACUCAAUCAAUUUAUGAUGACAUGAAAAACCAUAGGGAAAACAACUCAAAUCAGUGUGUUUACUCAGCACACAACUCUGUCAUAGUAGAUGAGUGCAAGGUCAUGCUGGCAACCAAUGGAAAGUCGGCAGACUGCCAUGGGGAAGAGGAACCGUGGAAGAGGGAUCACUAAAGCGCAGAAACAGACUCCGAGCUCCACCUUGAAUAAACUCUCCGAAGUUAUCCAAUGGUAAAAGAUGAUGUAAAGAUUAAACAAAAACAUCCUUAAAAAAAGAUAUAUAAAUAUGCUUACUUAAUUUGUUAACUGACGCUAGGAGGAGGUGUCAUAAAGCAGCCUUUGUAAGCACAGGGCAGUGUCUUUGCCAAAUAACUGGUCAUAACCAUUUAACCAUCUCCGUUGUAUUACUGUUUGGAUGGAGGCAGCUGGAGGAAUCGGUUUGCAUUAAAGAUGCCCUCUCACUGAUGACCCCCACCCUCCCACACUUGAGCUGUAGAGAGAAUGUGAACUUUCUUUCUAUAGAAAAUGUGAAAAUGUGGUGAAGCCAUUGCAGGAAACCACAGGGACUCAAGGCACAGAGAAAUUAGGAUGUGCUACCGACUUAAAGUAUUUUCCAUGUUUCCUCUUGGAACGCACAAGAGAUACCACCAGCAAGCUUCAUCUGGUUGAAAAUCCUCUUCCAAGUUUUACACGUUUGACUCAAAGCAAACACCUGCUGCUGACUAUUUUGUCUUCUAGGUGCCCUUUAAAUUAAGUGUCUCCAAAAUAAUUUUAAAACAAAAGACCUUAGAGGGAACUAGAUUCACUAGAUUCAAAAAGGCUGAUUCCAAACACUCUUCUUUUUUUUCCCUUAUGUCCCUCUAUCAAUGAAGUUUUUUAGAUCCUAACUCAGGAGUUCAUCCAUUUCCUGAAUGGAAUUUCCCACCUCUUAUACAGAAUGGCAACUCCUCUGUAACUUAUAGUCCUAUAGAGUUGCUUGGGGCAUAGAGAAGUUACACAAUGCGUCCCCGGUCACACAGUAAAUGCCAGGGGCAAAUCUUUAAUCUAGCUCUUCCUGACUCCAAAGUUGGACCUCUAAGUCCUACACCCUAUUAAACUCAUGCUCAUGAAUAAUUACAGAAAAAUUUUAAAACAACAUAUAUUUCAUAGUCACAACUCUCUUAUAGUAUAAGAGUCAGAACUGUUACCAAUCUGCAUUAGUAAGGGCCGUAUCCUCCAUGGGAUCUCAUCAUGCUCAAAAAAUCAUAGAUCCAGACCUCCCUUCCCCCCUUCCCCAAGAACCCGCAUAGAGAUCACUUAAAUAAUACAAUAUACUGUGCCGUUCUACUUGUAAGGCUUUUUUUCUAUUGAAUCACCUAAUCAUUGAUUAAGAAAUAAUGUUUACCCAGUGCUGCUGCAUAUAUUUAUCACAAGUUAAAGACACAUUCAAUGUAAAUAUUAACAAGCUUCAAGAAUAAGAUGAUCUGUCGAAAGCUGUUUUGCCUCCAUCUGUGAUAAUGAAAUUCAUUGUGGCUGUUUGGCUUAUGUUUACAGUGGGCUUCACUCUCCUCAUCAUACACAGUAGCAUUAUUUAAUUUAACAAGUAUUUAUUAGGUACUUACUUUGGACAAGUCUCUAUUGGGUUAGAUAUUAGGAAUACAGAGGCAAAAAUGAAAUAGUUCCUGACCUCAAGGAAUUUGCCUUCUCUUGAAGUGAGGUUAUAAUUUGGGUUUCUACUGAAAUUGAAUUAUUCUUUGGGUUUCUAAUGAUGGGGGCCCCUACUUUUUCCAUAAUAAUCCAAGAAAUGCAGCAUACACAACUAUAUAAAGUAAUCAGAUCCCCUUGCAGGGGUAGACUUUGUAACCAUGCAGUAUUUAUAUAAGAUGAAAAGGGAUGAUAUACUUACACUGAAUGCCUAAACAUCUGGACAGGACACUUAAUUUAAAGAAAAGUUCAUCUUCCUUAUCAAGUCUAUUACCUUACAUGAGCCCAUAUCAAUGAUUUUUGCUUCUAUAUUUCUCUUGAAUCAGGGAACUAAAAAAGAUUAGUAUGUAAAAUAUUCCAUAGUGAAAAAAAAAAAAAAACUUGUAUUCUUUGUAGUUUAAUCAUUUAAGCCCUAAACUUUGAAGGAGACAAUGAAGGAUACCUCCUUGCCAUUUUUAUCCAGGUAGCCAUUUUGAUGUUAUGGGAGUUUGAAGGAAGUCAACAUAUAAUUAAUUUUAUCCUAGAGUAAGGCCAGGAAUGGUGAAUUUGACUAUUACCUUUUCCAAAUAUUCUCCAUAAUUAAUACUUUUGAAGCCCACAGUAUUGCUACUAAAUUUGUAGACUUGAAGUUUGCUGAGGACUUGAAAGUGAAUCACCAAAGAACUUGGCCCAUUAAGCUUCUAGGAAUAUCUAUAACUUGAUCUUCAUAUAGGAAAUAUCUGAAAAGAAGUAAAAAGAGUUGUUCCAAGGAUGGAGAUAUUCAGAGAACAAACAGCAAUGAUAGAAGCCAAUGUUCUAUUGUGGUGGGAUAUUCUGUGGGCAUCUUGGCUACCUAUCUCUUCCCCCUCUGUUCCUUAAGGCUUCUCUCUUUCAAAGCUCAUUCCCUCAAAAGGAAUAUUAGAAUCUGCUUGUGUUUGUAUUUCUUAGAGCAGAGUCACUGUCAGCCAAGGAGCAGUAUUAAACAAUACUUUUUCUUUCAUAGAAAAUUGCUCCAUGAUUCAUUUUCCUUGGACUGGCAGGGACUAGGUUGUCCAAGGGAUUGCUGAGAGAAUACAGAUCGAGCAUUUUCUGUCUCAGGAGUCACAAGCAAGGGAGACAACUAAGACUGUUCACAUGAUAGGGUGAACACCAAUACGACAGAUCUCCCAGGAAUUCGUGAUCAUGUUGUGAAGUCUCUAGGAAAUACUCUAAGGGGAAAGGUUAUUAAGGCUCAGCUUCUUAUUUGUAAAUUAUAUUGGGAUACUCAUUGGCAGAAGAGUAAGGGUGUAAGUCUAAGCCACAUUGGCGGUCUGCUUCCUAGAAUUUUUCUUCUAAGCUUUUCUCCUUCACAUCUUAAGGCUUCCUCUCUUCUCUAUACCAUCUGUGUAUCUACUCUCCUAUUUUUCAGAACUCAUCUUUUUCUUCACCGUGCUUAACCCAGCCCAACAUAAUGUGCCAUAAGAAGAAAAAACAAAUUCAAAAUUCAUAUCCAGCAUAAUUUUUUCCAUAGAGUAUGUUUAUAAUUUUGCUGUGGAGAUUUAUAUAUACAAAGCCAUUGUAGAAACUUGUGGCAUUUCAAAGUACAUUAAUGUUAUAUUUAAUUUAAAAAAAACCCUAAGUUCUAGGUUUAGAACUGGAAGGGACCUCAUAGGCCAUCUAACCCUAUACACAUUUUACGGAAGGGGAAACUGAAGCUUAAGUAGGUUAAAUGACUUGUAAGCAGCAGAGAAAGGAUUUGAGCUCAUUUUACUCCAGAUCCAACAUCGUCCAAUUUUUCAGACCCAGAGAGCUCAUCCAUGGAACAGAGAACCUAAAUAACUAAAUCAGUUCCAUACAGCUAUAUACAUUUAGCUAGCAAGUAAGUUUCUCCCCAUAUGUGAAUUGGGCCAGGGAAGCAGAGGAUGGGGGAGGGUGAGAAACAAACUCACUUAAAUGCUUCUUCUUGUCCUCCUCCCCUCCCCCCCCCCCCCAGCAUUUCUGGCCCAACCUAAGCUCAGCUCCUUUUGAAAAUGUGAAAUUUAUUAUAAUCUGUGAUUAGGAAAAGAUCCCAGAUAUGAGAGGAUCACCAUUCUUUCAACUAUGGUUGAGAUAGUUCUUUACUCCAAGCCAUCAAAUGCAUAUCUACAUUAUAAAAAUAAAAGUCUACAUAAAACAAAACAAAACAAACAAACAAAAAACUGGAGCAAUUAUAUGGAUCAUUGAAGCAAAGCAACUGUAGUCUAAGAUGUUUCAGAACUGAACUGUUUGGACAGUAGUUUCUAGACUACAUCUUCCUAUGGGUACAUAGAAAGAGUCUGAAGCCUUAGUUUUUUAAAGGGGGGAUAAUUUACCCUCCAAAACAAUCCAAUCUCUUCUAGUCAGAUAAAGCUUCAUUUUCUCAAGACCUACUAAAGUAAUAAUUAUAUGAAUAGUAUUAAUAGUAGUAUUAGUAUAGUAUUAUAUUGUACACUUACGAAUUUGGGUAUGAGUAUGAAUUUUAGUAUUAGUAUUGCCAACACAAGAAUGUCCAUGUACCCUGAGAACAUUGAAGUCAUGCACUUUCUAGCUUAAAUAGGAGCCAGGAACCCAAGAAGUUCCCCAAAGAAUCUUCUCUGGGAAAGAUACUGUUCUUAAGGAAAGACCCAGGCAGGUCAAUUCCUAGUCCAGCUUCUAGACAUGGAGAAUGUGGCAGAAAUUGAGGGGAAUUGACUAAAUUACUUCUAAGAUCUUUUCCAGUUACAAAUUUAUCAUCCCAUUAUCCUUCACAUUUCAAAUGAAGGCUGGAAAGAUCUAAAUUUGUUUAUAAAUGAAAUCAACUUUCAGGACUAAGGGCAUGCCCAGUGCAUUCUUUGAGAGCAUUGAAGAUCCAUUAGAAAAGCACUUAAGAUCAGUUUCAUGGAGAGCUAUUCAUGAAUGUGCAAUUGUUGCUCUUAAGUUUCCGUAUUCAUGAAGAAAACGCUAUUUUCAUCAAUAUUUUUUGAAAAUAAUGCUUCACAUUGCUAGUGUUUCUAUACUAGAGCUUUCUAACUCUCCUCCCACCCUUCCACCCACUAGUUCAGGCUCUGUUGUCCAAUAUUGUCUUUUGAAUCACAGCAGUAAACUCAAAUGGAUUUAACAGUGCUCUGAAGAUUCUUACUUUGAAGUGUAACUAAGGAAAGGUAAUUGGGCCUCUGUCCCGGGUUCCUAAACUCCAGAGGGCAUCAAAAGCACUUUUUGUAAUGAAAGUGUUACUACCUUGAAUAGUUUAGAUUAAGUGAUUAGAAAAGACUGAACAAGAAAAAUCAGUUACAAUUAAAAAGUUACUAGAUACCAGAUGAGAAACCAGAUACUACCCUGUCUUGUUACCUCCUCCCAUGCAAGAUCUCUUAUCUCCCUCCAACUAACAAAAUGUAUUGUUAUUUUUGUCUCUGUGGUCAAAAUCUGAUGAUCACAUCUGUUAAUUUUCUAUAAUUUAAGGAAUAGAAAAAUAAGCUGUUUUAGUUUUGGCCUGAUUUAAAACUAAAAGUAAUGCCUGGAAGUCACAUGCCAAGAGAAGCAACUUCCCUGGCCUCCCUUCCAGUUUGGUCCCCAUGAAUUUCUGGCUUGCUUCUCAUUUGACCAAACUCACUUUGAAACAAGAAGGAAAGCUGAGAUUAGAAUUUUGGUUACUGAAACAGUAUACCUUAUACCAUUGGCUAGUUUAAGAGAAGGGCAUUCCAGGGAGGAUAUUUGUAGUACUCAGGGAAGAUUGAUUUAAUUAUCUUUGUAAUCGUUAGCUUAUGGAGCCCCCAAAAGAAUAAGACUUGGAUAUAUACUGGAACCAAGCAAGCAGUGUGUGUGUGUGUGUGUGUGUGUGUGUGUGUGUAUUUUAAUUCAUUUGAGAGGCAGGCUGACAUAAUGGAUAGUGAGUGAUGAUACUAAAACCUGGGUUUAAGUGACUGACUGUGGCCCUUGGGCAAGUGACAACCUUUUUAUACCCAAGUCAAUCCUUUAAGACUAUAAGUAGUAGAGAGCAGGUGAAUCUGCAAUGGUGGAAAGAGUCUCCCAAACUAGGAGUGCUCUAUGAUGAUAAAAUCACAAGUCCAGUUCCCACGUUUAUCCUUAAUUUUUUAUAUCAUAUCAACUUUUUAAGAACCUUACAUUUCCCAUUUGCUUCCUUUGGAAACAUUAUCUCCUGCUUGAAAUCCCCAUCCCCCAUUCCAUAAUAUCCUGCUUCCAUUAUACACAGAUCAACAUUGUUUCUUGAGAUAUAAUUUGGCCACCGGCCAUUUGAACUAGUGCAGCUGUUGACAUAAAAACAUAUCAGGAGGCAGAAACUUGAUAGCAUUUUAUUUAUAUUAUAACACAAGUAUUUAAGCAUAACAAUCCCUUUUUUCCUUA